AUGCACCCGAAGAAGCGUUUCUGCAUCAACAUCUUGAACGGUAACCAUCGAAGGGCCCAGUUCAAGACACGCAGAUCCAAGAUUGGUCGUAACCCUUGCCUUUCUCGGCAGACACAACGCCGCGUGACCUUUCACCUUCCGGACGGCUCUCAGGAGAGCUGCAGUGACAGCGGGCUUGGAGAGCAGGAGCCCAAUAGCGGUGCCAGCACCACCCAGCCUCUGCCCUUGGGCUUCCCUCAGGAAGAGUACUAUGAACAGACCUCACCGAACAGCCGCACUGAGGGUGACGGCAACUCUGACCCCGAGUCCACUAUUGAAGUGAACCUGCAGAAAGCUCUCGCCGAGGCCUCGGAGACCUGUACCCAGGAAUGUCUGAUCCUGGGUCAUUCUGACAGUUGCUGGAUGCCGCCACCGCUGACCCAAUUCCAUACGUCCGGUGCCGCCACUCUGCCCUCCUUUGGUUUUCAACAAAGCUGGGCGCGGGGGACCAAGCCAGAUGGGCGUCACACCCUUGGCAGGUCAGUGCCCAAAGUUGAUCUGGACAAAGGGAGCAACCGGCCCCAAUUCUACAACACACUUGAGAGACACUGCAGCAAGAAAGAGGAUCCCAUCAAGGUCAUCCCUCUAGCCAGCUUUUCCGCCACGUCCAGCCCGCAGAUGUCUAUGAGCGGAGGCUCUUCUGCCUUCCUGCACGAGCAUCAGCUGUAGAAGUGAGGGUAGGCCUCAGAGCACUGCAUAAUGAGAGUGAUUGAAAUGGAAAAGCUGACGGGUUCUGAUCGUUAUUAGCAUGUGUCAAAUGUUUCAUGACACAGGAUGUUUCUAAACUCAGCAGAAGGGGAAGUUAAAGCAAAGGACGGUAGCUUUCGAUAUCCUCUGUAAAACUGAAACAUGUACAGCAGACAAAUGGUAGAUAUAGACCAAAGUAGCUCCUCAAGUGAAAAAAAAAAAAAUGGUGUGAAAUGUGUCUUAGUGACAGAUUAGUGGCAAAUGAAUUAAGCUUUAUUGUUGAUCAAAAGGGACAAGAUUUUUAUUUCAUUCUUUUGUGCGCCUCUUGAAUGCAACUUAACAAAUUACUUUUAAGUCUGUGCUGGUGGAAGAAAUCAUUGCAUACGUUUACAUGCACACUGAA